CGCGUGCCAGGGAGGAGGCCGAGCGCAGAGGUGGCGGCUCCCGGACCCCGGGCACGGACAGGAUGGGCAGCAGCUCGCUGUCCGAGGACUACCGCCUGUGCCUGGAGCGCGAGCUGCGGCGCGGCCGCGCGGGCGUGUGCGGGGAUCCCUCGCUGCGCGCCGUGCUCUGGCACAUCCUGGUCGAGGACUUCGACCUGCACGGGGCGCUGCAGGACGACGCGCUGGCGCUGCUCACCGACGGGCUGUGGGGCCGCGCCGACCUGGCGCCCGCGCUGCACGGCCUGGCCCGAGCCUUCGAGCUGCUGGAGCUGGCCGCCGUGCACCUGUACCUGCUGCCCUGGAGGAAGGAGUUCACCACCAUCAAGACCUUCUCGGGCGGUUACGUGCACGUGCUGAAGGGCGUGCUCUCAGAGGAGCUGCUGACCAAGAGCUUCCAGAAGAUGGGCUACGUGCGCAGGGACGACCACCGCCUCAUGGUGACAGCCCCACCCCCAGCCCGGCAGCUGGUGCAGGUGGCCCUGGGCUGCUUUGCCCUCCGCCUCGAGUGCGAGAUCCUGAGCGAGGUGCUGGCCCAACUGGGCACCAGUGUGCUGCCAGCGGAGGAGCUGCUGAGGGCACGGAGGGCCAGUGGGGAUGUGGCCUCCUGCGUGGCCUGGCUGCAGCAGCGGCUGGCCCAGGAUGCAGAGCCACCGCCACUGCCCCCACGGGGCACCCCUGCUGCCUACAGACCCCCGCUGGACCUGUACCGGGACCUGCAGGAGGACGAAGGCUCGGAGGAGGCCAGUCUUUAUGGGGGACCUUCACCGGGCCCAGACUCACCCCCAGGGGAGCUGACCUACAGGCCACCACUCUGGGAGCAAAGUGCCAAACUAUGGGGUACUGGGGGCCAGACCUGGGAGCCCCCAGCUGAGGCGCUGACUCGGGCGGGCAGCCCACCCUACGGGGCCUUGGAAGAAGAGCUGGAGCCAGAGCCCUCCGCCUUCUCCUUUCUCUCGCUGCGCCAUGAGCUGAGUCGGCCUGGGGACCUGGCUGUGGCUGAAGCCCCUGGGAGCCCUGGGAGGGCCAGCCCCAGGCACAGGGAGGCAGAGGGGACAGCGGCAUCUGCCUAUGGGGCUGUCCCUGAGCUCCCAGGCUACCAGACACACAGCUGCCUGACCCCUGGUGCCCUGCCCACGCUCUGCUGUGACACCUGCCGCCAGCUGCACGCUGCCCAUUGUGCAGCCUUGCCCGCCUGUCGCCCAAGCCACUCCCUGCGUGUGCUGCUUGGUGACACCCAGAGGCGCCUGUGGCUACAGCGGGCACAGGUGGACACCUUGCUCUAUGACAGCCCUGGAGCCCGGCCCUAGGCCCAGUCAGGCCCCCGUCAAGGGCUCUCAGGAGUUCCUGUGGUGCUUCCUGCAGUGGGGGUCUGGGCUGCAGCCUCUCCCAUCCUUAGGGAACUCUAGGCGCAGCAGGAGGGCUCUGGAGAGGCGGGGGUCAUGCCUCCCAUGGGAAACUCCUCAGAGGGACCAGGCCUCAGCCCUGGCCAGCAGCAGGCCUGGAACUGGCCCCACAGGGACCUUCCCACAGGUCCCCGUCCUCAGCACCCAGAUCUGGGCUCCAGUGUGCUGGCAAGGGGGCCCUGCCUGUGUCACAGCACCCAGACAAUCCCCUCAAGGACCCCCAUCCUUCUCAGAGCUGUCAGCUGCCUCCCUUCUGGCCUCUAGAGACACCACACAGGGGCUUCAAGGACCUGCAGGUGGCACUGGAGUCCCCCAAAACCCACCUGGGUAAGGCCCAGCUAUGGGACGCUGGACCCACUAGGUGUCACGGGAGGUGCCCAAGGGCUGCAGAGCCAGGGCAGACUGCCAGCCCCACGAGGUCGAGGGGUGCUGAGUGAAGGCAGCUGUGCUAGUGGGGGUCCAUGCAGCCGCUGCUGAGGUGGGGCAGACACCCAGCGAGGGAAGGAGGCUUAGCCUCUGAGAGGCAGCCAGGCUUCCAGACAGGUCUCCGGAACCCAGAGACCCAGAGACGGACCCCCGUGUGCUGUGACAGCCCCUAACCCCCUUCCCUGAGCAAGCCUGCUCCUACCCCCCCGCCCCAGUCCUGCUCCCUAGUGCACGGGAAGACAGUCCAGGUCCACAGAACAUUAAAUGAGGUGAA